AGGGACGCUGAUACAAUUAACUGCCGCUGCUGUAUUUGAAGUAAUCUGCUUGAUAAGCAAGGUGCUUGAUUAUUAUUGUAUGUAAUAAAGACAGGAGCUUUUUGCCUUCUGCUCCAUGAAUGUGCAGCUCAAGCUAACUUCAAGGACUUUUGCGUUUUCACCUAAGAAACUCGGAUUCUCUUCCAUUUUCAGCAUCUGGGGAAAGUUGGAACUGCUGAAGAGGUUGGUUGAUCUGCGUGCGGCAAUUUUGGUGCUUUGAUCCUAACAUAUACUGAAAGUUCCUACUGGAAAUUUUCGAUUUUGAGGAUUCACCACACAACAGUUUUACAAUGUCAUUAUUGUCGAAAUUGCGGUGCAUUACAGUGGAUGUUACUGGUACCUUGUUAGCUUACAAGGGGGAGCUUGGUGACUACUAUUGCAUGGCAGCCAAAUCUGUAGGGCUUCCAUGCCCUGAUUACCAAAGGGUGCAUGAGGGCUUCAAAUAUGCAUAUAAAGAUAUGGCCAGCAAGUAUCCAUGUUUUGGACAUGCUGCAAAAAUGCCCAACAUUGUAUGGUGGAAAGCUUGUGUCAGAGACUCCUUUAUGAGGGCUGGAUAUCAUUACGACGAGGAGACAUUUGAGAAAGUGUUCCGACGCAUAUAUGCAUCCUUUGGUUCCUCUGCUCCUUAUUCCAUCUUUCCUGACUCCCAACCAUUUCUGAGAUGGGUCCAUGAACAAGGUCUUAAAGUUGGAAUUAUCAGCAAUGCGGAAUACCGUUAUCGAGAUGUAAUUCUUCCAGCAUUGGGUGUCAACCAGGGAUCUGAUUGGGACUUUGGUGUGUUCUCUGGUAUCGAAGGCGUGGAGAAACCAGACCCAAGGAUUUAUGAGAUUGCGCUUGAGAGGGCUGGAAAUAUGGCCCCGGAAGAGGUUCUGCACAUAGGGGACAGCAUGCGCAAAGACUAUGUGCCAGCAACAAGUAUUGGGAUGCAUGCGUUGUUAUUGGAUAGGUUUAAGACAUCUGAUGCUGAGGAGUGGAGGAAAUCUGGUGCGGUUGUGCUUCCUGACUUGGAAGCAGCAAAAGAAUGGCUUACUUCAGAGAAGUCAUCCUGCUGAGGGCCUUUCUCCUUGUUGCUGCUGUUAUUUUGUAAUUUCGUCCCCCUGAUCAAUGAAAUUUUGAUAACUUUUACUUAA